GCCCUCCAUCAUGUUGCAAUCCCACUUUACCAGCGACAAAUUGACAACAUCUUUCCCUUUGGACACCAAUUGGCCACCCAAAAAGACGUUGAAAAUGAGCGAUCAUCCUAGUCGCCACCACUCGUCACCUUUCCCGUCAUCUACAAAUCGGUCGUCUUCGUAUGAUAGUGUUGGAGGGGGUAUCGAUGCACUGGAAAUCGUCGCCCCUAGAAGCUACUCACAUUCACCUGCUCCCGCUCCACCUCCAAGCACUGGAACAGACGGCGCUGAGCUUCAACCUUGGUUGUAUCAGCUUUUCCCGGAAUCUUAUGCAGACAACGGUUCAUAUUCCUUAUCACCGCCAACAGAAGGUCACUAUUUGCAAGGGCCAGAUGGAACUUUAAUAUACCAAUCGCCAGCGACAACUUCACGAUCAAUAGUUGGGCAGACUGUCCUUCAUACUUCUCCUGAUGAGAGUAUUUAUUCUUCUGCUGGUUCGAACCCUUUCUUCACCACAUAUUGGUUACUGCGUCAUGUACUGCGCCGCAUGUUUCUCCGAUGCAGAGUAUCCGGUAAACUUAAGUGAUGCAAGACUGAGUAUAUCUGGAUUGACAGGUGUUAAUCGUGCAGAAGAGGCCUUUUUUCAAACAUUCGAAGAAAGUCGCGGUGUCGCCGACUUUGAGAGGUACCACAAAACUCCUGUGUUGCCGCAAACUUUGUAUCCAAAAGUUGUUCGCAACUAACAAAUAUUACAAAAUGGGCAGGCACACAACGGUUAGACUUUCGCCCUUUGGUUCAGAAUACGAUUCGAGCUCUUCAGAAUACGAUCCUAGAGAUAGAGGAACUACCCCCGCUCUCUCAGACUACUCUCCGCAGAUUCCCUCCCGCUCUCGUGCGAACUCAACUAGAUCUAGCCCGGCACCACCAGGCUUCUCUCCGGACCUCGGAUCUAGCGCAUCGAGUGCCCCGACCAGCAAUCCUUCUUACUCCCACCUUGUUGCAACAUUUGCCGCACCAAAGAGGAGAAAGAGCCGCAGAAAGCUCGGCCCCGAUGAGAGGCGCGAGGUCCACCAGUUGAGGAAGAUGGGAGCUUGCACUCGUUGUUGGGGUCUUAAGAUGAAGGCGUGUAUUCUUCUCUCCCGACCCCUUAUAGCCCCUGAUUCUAACAGCUCCGAUAGUGUGGUGAAGGAAACCCUUGCCCUAGAUGCGAGAAGCUAGGAGCCGGCACCAUGUGCGUGCGAGUACAUUUUGUGGACUUGGAUGUUUUUUCAAAGUGUAAAAAAGGGUACAGAAUAUGCUUUUUUAGAGUCUUUACUAACAUUCGAAAGGGCUUGUGGACGCAUACUCUCGAACGAUGAUGCACCAUGUAUUACGUUGGUCGAACUCACCGGCGCGCACUGUCACAGUAUCUCAUGAGAAGACUUUGGGUGUCACUCUCUCACUCAACGUUUACGAAUUCAUUCCGGCCUACCCAGGGCAGCUCGUCUACUGGUAUAAGGAUGUUUCUGGCUGGCAAUCAAUGGGAACAACUUCCUACGCUAUGAAGCGUGGGAUUAACACCGAGAUUUUAGAGAAGUACAUUGACGAUCACACCUUGUUCUUCGUGGAGAGCGCGUUUACAACAAGCCCUAUCCUCUCGGAGGUCUUCAGGUCUGCCUGGAGAUAUUCUAGGAGUGAGGAGAAUUUUAUGCUCAGGGAUGCUCUACAACUCUGGACCGCGAUCCAGCUACUCUUAAACGGAGCUACUCUCCACCCUUCUUCCGACUCCCUCGGCAUUGGCCCGAUCCCCUCAUCCACCUGCCCCUUGGCCAACCAGACUCCCCUCCCCAGGGUCCUUGCGAACCAGCUCGACCACCUCAUUGAACGUAGGAUCUGGCAGCUCGAAAAGCAGAUCUUGAACGAGCUACAGAAAAGGAUCUUUGGCAGGAAGCGUGAGGAUUGGCUCAGGAUCUUCCUCACACUGGUUGUUCUCAUGAGCGCGCUUGAACGUGAUUCGUGGAGACUCUACUACUGGGUGUUCCACAUGGAGGAUGGUUAUGCAUGGCGCCAUCCUUCUACUCCUCAAAGGCUAGUCGAGAAAAACAACGUCCUAGCCGAGUCACUAGCGGCACACUUUGCCGCCAUCAGCAAGGGGCUCACUCCUUUCUCGUUGGACUGGAGUCGGGAACAGACUGUAGCUCUGAUCGGCAACUGUGAGGAUGCUCCGCUCAUGUUGGAGUCCAUGGAAAGGAUUGGUAGAGGCCUGAGGAGUCCUGGUAGGUUUACUACUCUCUCUCUCUUCUUUUUUUUUAACCUUGGGCCUAUUACUGAUUGUAAAUCUAUAACUAUAGAUCACGCUCUGCGAAUUGAGAAUGUACUCUCGCACUACCGGGAGAGUGACGAGAAGAGCUUAGACUUCCUAUACACCUCCAAAGUCAUGGUUUUGUAAAGCAGCACAUGGAUUUUUUUUAAAUUUUUUUCGGUGGGCACAGGUGGGAGGCCCAACCGUUCAGUGCAACCGCCACGGGAAUCAAUGCUCCGGCUGUGCGGCAAAAUCUCCAUUAUAGAAACGACCCGAGUUAAGACAUGUGUGUCGAGGGCGAGGGCGAGGUACGGUACGGGGGCGUUAUGAAUUUUUGGCCGAGGUCUUCUUUUCGUUUCCCUUUUUUUUUCUAUGAUACUUGUUCUUUUUUGCAUACGUCUUGGGGUUUCCAUUCUCUGUAAAAACUUUGGGAGACUGUUUUUUUUGGUCUUUCCCGCUUUUUCUUUUUUUUUCUCACGACUUCCUUUUCUUUCCAGUUGUGUUAUUGGGCUGCAAAACUCGCGAGUACAGGUGUUUUUCCUUCUGCAUUUCGUGCAUCACUUUAGGGACAAGGGCGGGAAAGGGGACAUGUUGGGCUGGGGCUACUUUCUUUCUUUCUUUCUUUCCUUUUUUUCUUUUUGCUCUUCUCAUCUUUUCUGCUUCAACAUGUUUAGGAUGCAUAGACUUUGUUCAAGGCCGGCUUUUGCCAUUCGUUAGAAUUUUUCUCCGUUGUCUUUGGGUUUUUAUGCAUAUAAAGGAGUAUGAUUUUCUCAUGUAUUCAGCUAUGAGUUUUACCGUUGCAUCACGAAUUCACGAGUUUAGCUCGUCACGUUUAAGAAAGAAGAGAGUUUAAAGCGGGUCUUCUGGGCUUUUUUUUUUUCUUUUUUUCCGCACAAUCCGACCAUUUUGGCCUUGGGGUACGAUGCUUUUCUAGAGCUCCAUUUAUUUUUCUGCAUUAGACACAUUUCUCGUAUACAUAAGUACAGUACAGUGUGUCUAGGGUCCGAAUAGGUUGUUGGGUUACCAAAUGUGAGCAUCUCGGAUGCUAUCAUAGCCUUGCAUACACCG